GGACAGGGCGCACGCAGGCUCUCCUGGGGAGUACCUUGUUCCUGGUGAAGCCAUGGCAGAAAACGACAAAGUUCCUAUCACCCUGUCGGGGCCCGACGACGUGGAGUUUUGCAGUCCUCCCGCGUACGCCACCGUGACGGUGCAGCCCUCCAGCCCCGCGCGGCUGCUCAAGGUGGGAGCCGUGGUCCUCAUCUCGGGGGCGGUGCUGCUGCUCUUCGGGGCCAUCGGGGCCUUCUACUUCUGGAAGGGGAGCGACAACCACAUUUAUAAUGUCCAUUACACUAUGAGUAUCAAUGGGAAAUUACAAGAUGGAUCAAUGGAAAUAGAUGCCGAGAACAACCUGGAGACCUUUAAAAUGGGAAGUGGAGCUGAAGAAGCAAUUGAAGUUAAUGAUUUCCAGAAUGGCAUCACCGGAAUCCGUUUUGCUGGAGGAGAAAAGUGUUACAUCAAAGCACAGGUGAAGGCUCGUGUUCCCGAGGUGGGCACCGUGACUAAGCAAAGCAUCGCUUCGGAACUGGAAGGCAAGAUCAUGCCAGUUAAAUAUGAAGAAAACUCUCUUAUCUGGGUAGCUGUCGACCAGCCAGUGAAGGACAACAGCUUCCUGAGUACUAAAGUCCUGGAGCUCUGUGGCAACCUCCCUAUUUUCUGGCUUAAACCUAUGUAUCCAAAAGAGACCCAGAGAGAAAGAAGAGACGUGAUAAGAAACAUCAUUCCAACUACCACAAGACCACGCAGCAGGCCACGAGGCAGCCCAGACCCUGGAAGACUGAAUAACCAGAGCAGACCCAGUGUUCAAGAGGAUGCAGAGCUUUUCAAUCCCGAUAAUCCUUACCACCAGCAGGAAGGGGAAAGCAUGACAUUUGACCCCAGACUGGACCAUGAAGGUAUAUGCUGUAUAGAAUGUAGGAGGAGCUACACCCACUGCCAGAAGAUCUGUGAACCCCUGGGGGGGUACUAUCCAUGGCCUUAUAACUAUCAAGGUUGCCGUUCUGCCUGCAGAGUUAUCAUGCCUUGUAGCUGGUGGGUUGCCCGCAUCUUAGGCAUGGUGUAAAAUUGCUUAUCAGGUACUGUCAAGAAUUAACUCAAGAGUUGACAACCAAAGCAGCAAGAUGCAUGUUGAUGCUGAGGGACCACAAAGUAUUUUAUACCCAACCUGAGCAAUGUUAUCCUAGACAUAAACGACUUUCUGUUGCUUUCCAGAACUAUAUCUAGUGAGAGCAAAUGUACUGAAGGGGUAGUUUGACACAAUCCUUUGAUUUUUUUCUUUGCCUUGACAAUAAAGCUUAUUGUAACUAUGAAAUAAA